CUGCUUAAUAUAAAACACAGAUCUGUCCAACGAAAGUUACCAGAUCAAUGACGAUUUCACACCGGUUGAGACGGAAACACACAGCAGCGAAGCCAUGAGACAUACAAAGUUAAUGUUUGUUGUCGGAUUAACAUUGUUGGGUUACUGUUUGGCUGAAUCAACCCCUUCGCCCAAGAACGAUGACAAAAAAGACGAAAAGUCCGCAAAAAAGGGGAAAACCGGUAAGAAAAACUCUAAACGCAGUCUUUUUGGUUUCGGAUUCGAUUAUUUUGGAUUAUCCGAUUUCGACGACACGUUCGGAUACGGUUUCGGCGAGCCCACUUACUUGCCGGGCGCUGGCUUAGCGUCGUUUGGGUUACCCGAAUUUAACCAGUUCCGCGGUUACAAUGACUUACACGGUAGCGGUAUUUAUCCAUCACCAUUGCUAGAGGCCGGCCGUUCCGCUGGUUACGGCUAUGGUUACCCGGCUAACUAUGGGAAAAACCAACUAUUUGCACGCCAAUUUCCGUUGUCGCGAUUUUACAAUCGUGCACUUUUUCCCUUACCAAACGGUGUACCAAGGCCAUAUCUUGUGGAUGAACCUCGGCCUGUCCAGACUCCCAAUCCUGCCAACUCGUACCCAACGAACCGACAUAUAUCAAUGUUUGACAUACUUCGGAAUUAUAAUCCGGCACUCGGACAACGGCUACCUUAUGGCUUGGAGAAUCCGGCCACCGCUUCAGGACAUCCUCAACAGAUACCAGAAUCGCCUGCACCAGCGACCGAUUACCGUUACAGAAUAGCUCAGGCCGUGGUGGCCGCUCCACAACCUUCAGGCUAUACGUUGGCCGCUAUAUUAAAGUCCGGUUAUUCAGCGGCUACUUCACCACAUUCGGCUCAAGCACCUCCAGCUUCGAGUUAUCUUGCAGCCGUUCCAUCAGCUUCCGGUUAUUCUUCACCUGUUUCUUCUGGUUACUCUGUGUCUGCUCAACCACUUCCCAGUUAUUCAGCAGCAUCAGCUCCAUCAUCUUACGGUAAUCCUGCAUCAGCUCCGUCAUCUUACGGUAAUCCUGCAUCUGCUCCAUCAUCUUACGGUAAUCCUGCACCAGCUCCGUCAUCUUACGGUAAUCCUGCAUCAGCUCCGUCAUCUUACGGUAAUCCUGCAUCUGCUCCAACAUCUUACGGUAAUCCUGCACCAGCUCCAUCAUCUUACGGUAAUCCUGCAUCAGCUCCGUCAUCUUACGGUAAUCCUGCAUCUGCUCCAUCAUCUUACGGUUACCCUACAUCUGCUAGUCCAGCCUUAGGUUAUCCCGCAGUCGGUCUAUCAGCUUACAGUUACCCUGCAUUAGCUCCAUCAUCUUACAGUAAUCCUGCAUCUGCUCCAUCAGCUACCAAUUAUCCUGUAUCUGCUCCAUUGGCUUCUGAGUAUUCUACUUAUGCAGCUUUACACUACCCCGCAGUCGCUCAAUCGGCUACUAGCAACUCCGCGUCUGCCCAAUCUGCUUCUGGUUACUCUGCGUCUGCUCAGUCGCUUCCCAAUUAUUCUGCAGUACCAGCUCCAUCAGCUUCCGGUUACUCCUCGUCUGUCCCAUCUGCUUCCAGUUACUCUGCGAUUACUCCAGGUAAGUCUACAGGCAGUCCAUACCUCCGGUUCAAAUCUGUCGCCUCCUACUACGACUACGACGGCAACGCUCAACAAGAACAACAGUCCAACGGUCAAAGUUAUGGCAAGAAUAGCGCAGUUAGCGAUUACCAGCAUUCCUCUUCGGUGGACGAUUCAGCGUCCAAUGAUGAUGGUGGCGACGACUCCACCGGAUACCAACAGCAGGCGUCUUCGGAAGACGAUUCGGCGUCCAGCGGUUACAGAAAAAGAAGAAGCCGCAAGCACAAAGGCAACCAAUCUAACCGAACCAAAGCUUAAAAAACAUCUGACAUAUAAAAUGUAUAAUGAUCGUUUGUUGUAAAUUUAAUUUAUUAUUAUUGUUAACUUUUAUUUUUAUAUAUUUAUAGUCGUCAACAGCCGCGUGUAGUUGUAUUAUAGUUUUUUUUAUACUUUUGUAUACUAGUCGCUAUCAAUCUGUUAAAAUAUACUUACUGAUUAUAUUUUUAGAAAUAAAUAAAAAACCGCUGCCGGUUUAAUUUAA